CACAGUCUCGUCAUCUACUUUGGAGCAAUUAAAUGACGAUUUAUUGGCCGUUAGAUUCACUUACCCGAGUCCCGAAUUUUCGGCUAUCAACAAUAGCUUUUCUUCAGAUUUUUCAGCUGCCAACUUUAAUUUCUCCCCGGAUUUUCCAACUAUCGAUGAUAGCAUAUCCCCGGAUUUGGAGAGAUUAUUGGCGUCCCAGGGAACUCACCCUUCAUAUAGUCCUUUUCAAACUGAAGAACAAAGUAUCAACACCGAUUCUCAAGAAUCUGCGAAUUUCUGGAAACUUCAAUUUCCCGUAGAAAAUCUUUUAUCAGUUGAUGCCACCGCAUUCACAACGAACAUUUCCGAGGCCGGUGACGAAUUACCAAUCUCAAACGAAACGCUCGACGCUUUUGGUAUUUGUGAAUACCAAUACUGA